GCAAAAAAAAAAGUUCAUGAGUUGAUGGUUGUUUUGGGAUUUGCGUUGUUUUAUUGUUAUUUCUCAGUAAUAAAUUGAAAAUACAAUACAUAAAAUGCCAGAAAUGGAGACAAAACGGAAGGCGGACGACUAUUCAGUUGUUCCUGCAAAGAAGACUCGUCAUGAAAUCUCCGUCGUCGGCACAAGAGAAAAAGCGGUGGUAACCUCUGCGGUGCCGCGAACGUCCAACCUGCACGCGCCCAUCAUGCUGCUGGAGGGGCACCAGGGGGAGAUCUUCACCGCGCAGUUCCACCCCGAGGGGAAGCACAUCGCCUCCGCCGGCUUCGACAGACAAAUAUUUAUAUGGAAUGUGUAUGGGCAGUGCGAGAACAUAAUGGUGAUGAAGGGCCACACGGGCGCCAUCAUGGAGCUGUGCUUCUCCCCGGACGGGGGCCACAUUAGCACCGCCUCCACCGACAACACACUCGCUGUGUGGGACCUGCCCACCGGCACGCGCAUUAAGAAACUCAAGGGACACACCAACUUCGUCAACUCUGUCUCAGGCGCGCGGCGCGGGCCGGAGCUGCUGGUGUCGGGCUCGGACGACGGCUCCGUGAAGCUGUGGGACGUGCGUCAGCGCAACCCCGCCGCCUCGCUGGACGCCACCUACCCCGUCACCGCCGUGCUCUUCAACGACACCGCGGAGAAAGUCAUCUCCGGCGGCAUCGACAACGUCAUCAAGGUCUGGGACAUCAGGAAUAAGGAGAUUUCAUAUAAAGUCAAAGGACACACGGAUACUGUUACAGGGCUGGCGCUGUCGGAGGACGGGUCGUACCUGCUGUCGAACGCGAUGGACAGCACGCUGCGCAUCUGGGACGUGCGUCCGUUCGCGCCGGCCGAGCGCUGCGUGAAGCUGCUGUCGGGCCAUCAGCACAACUACGAGCGCGACCUGCUGCGCUGCGCCUGGGCAAGAGACGGCUCCAAGGUGUCGGCGGGCUCGGCGGACCGGCACGUGUGGGUGUGGUGCACGACGUCGCGGCGCGCGCUGCUGCGGCUGCCGGGCCACCGCGGCGCCGUCACGGCCGUGGCCUUCCACCCGCGCGAGCCCGUGCUGCUCUCCGCCUCCAGCGACAAGACGCUCUAUCUGGGCGAGAUACAGAACUAGGAUACAUUCGGAUUUAACUUAAUAAAAUAAUAGCUUUAAUUGUAUUUGUA